CGAGGACGAGCUCCCUGCGUUCGCCGGCGGCGCCAGCAGCCAGCCGCCCCUCGCCGUCCUGGCGCUGCGCGCGCACGCCGCCGCGGCGGUGGGCGAGGGCCCGAAGCUGCAGCAGGCGCGAGAGGCGCUCGCGCCUGCCACGGGCGCGCUCCUUGGGCAAGCGAUGCGCUGGGAGCCGGCCGUGCACGACGGGCUGUCUCCUGGGCUGGCAAGCCUGGCGGCACUGCGCGCGGUGCGGGCCGAACUUGGCGCCCUGCGGAACCAGGAGCUGGCGGUUUCCCUGGCCAAGCUCUGCUGCGUGACGUGGCGCUCCGGCGGGGAGGUCCUGCUCGAGGAGGGCCUGGUGCUGGAGCUGGAGGGGGAGGGCGAACCCGCGCGUCUUGAGGAUGAGCUGCGGCUGGAACUGCAGGACGCCGCCGAGCUGCCGGAGCUGCUGCUGGUAGCCCUGGAGGGGCCCAGGCCUGUGCUCAUCGGCGAGACGGUGACCGUCGGCGCCGCCUGCCAGACCUACGACACCUUCGCGCUGGCAUGGCCUGGGGGCAUGGCAAACCGCGGUGGAGCUGCGGCGCCCGUCUCCUCGCCGCCAGAGGGCGCCACCGCGGGGCCCGGGGGCGCGCUGCUGGUGCCGAGGAGUUAG